AUGGGAAAAGUUCGUUUACAUAUGUUAAAAGCACACAAAGAUUCAAGUUCACCUGUGGAUAGAUUAAAUUUUGAAAUGCAGCUUGAAUGGGGAAUGUUGAUGGAGAAAUGUUUUCCAGAACAUGCAAAGAGAUUUGGAUUAACAUCAACAGCUACUUCUUCUCCUCGAAAUUUAGAAAAUAUACAAAAAUUUAUUGACAUAAAUCUGAAUUAUACUUGUACUGUUUGUGGUGAAUUAGUGAUUGGUAGUCAAUUAAUUAAUCAUAUAGAGGAUAUUCACAAUUCUGAAUGUAUUGACUUUAUUUGUGGGGAAUGUGGAUACGAAAAUGAAUCCAAAAAUAAUUUAAUUUUUCAUAUAAAUUCCCAACAUAAAGAGAAGGCAACCAAAGUUAUUUUGGAACAAAAGAAGUCUACAAGGAAUUUUGUGCAUUUUUUAAAGAAAUUUUUUGCAAAUGUUAAUAUUCCCAAUCGAGAAGAGGGUAAUUUAAAUAAUUCAAAAUAUUUGUUAGAACCUCAAGAAAUUGGUGAAGGGAAGGAAAAAGAAAUUAAAUUGGAAGGGGAAUUAAUUAAUUUAAGUGAAGAUGAAGAAGAAUUGAAAUUGGAAUUGGAAGAUAAUUUUGAUAAUUAUUUGGAGGGAGGAGAGGGAGAGGAGGGGGAGGUAGAUGAAGAAGGAAAACGAAAAGAAGAAAAUAAUAAUUUAAAUAUUUUGGAAUGUUGUUCUAAUUUAAUUUUAAAUGAACAAAAUAAUGAGAAAAUUCUUUCAAAUGAAAUUAAAGUAGAACAAAAGGAUGAAGAAGACGAAGAAAAAGAAAUUAUGAUGACACAUUCACCGCCUAAAAAACAAAGAAAGGAGCAACAACAAAAUAUUACUUUACGUCAAAGUAAUAGAGUUUUAUUAAAGCAACAACAAAAUGAGAAAAAAUAA